CAAAUGUUUCAAAUGAAAUACUACAAAUUAAAAAAGUCAAAUGAAGAAAUAGAACGAAAGUAGAAAAAGGAAAGAGAGAAUUGAAAAGGCAAAAUCCCGCGCUCGCGCUGAUUCCAAUUUUUGAAAACCAAAAAACAACAAUGGAGUUAGAGGAUGAAGAGUGGGAACUCUGCUGCAACGAUGGUUUGGUCUACAAACGCAAACGCCGUCGAUUCAACGCUCCGCCGGAGUCCUCCUCGGUGUCGGAGGAGAAAAGAUUGGAGAACUUACGGAAAGAAAGGAAGAAACAGACGCUUUUGAAGCUUAAAUCUAAGUUAGAGAAGGAAAUUGGUCAGUGGGAACAUUUGUCGAACACCUUGCGCUCAUUACAAAUUUCUUCUUCAACUCAACUUCAACAACAGAAACAGCAGCAGGAGAGAGAUGAAACCCCAUCUCUUCCUUCCACUUCUUCCUCUACUCAAUCAUCGUUCUUGGACGAUUUGAUAUUCCAGGUGGAAGCUCAGGAAACAAUCAUUAGUGAUAUUUCUAAUUUAUGCGACGUUGCAGAAGCAAUAUGCCUCAAACAAGAACAAUCUUUGUUUGAAUUACCAAUAUGGUCUACACCACUUGAGCUUAUGCAAGAGUUAAGCUUUGAUGAUUGAAGUAUGAUUGAAGUUCUACCUUAUACCAUGGGUAAUAAUGUCAAGUUCAAAAAGGAGGGUCUACAUUGUUCAACAAAGAGUUAUUAGUUGUAACUUAAAGUAGAUUAGACCAUUGGUAAAUAUUUUUAAAAUAUUGAUUAAUUGUAUUUAAAAGCAUGUUGACUAGAGUCAUGCCAUUAGAGUUUUUUUUGGAUAGGCGUCAUGUCAUUAGAGUUUACUUAGGAUGAAUGUAAAAAGUGACAAGGUGUUGGUAGUUUUGUAUGUUUGAAAUUUAUUACUCUUCUUAUUGUGUGAUUUUUGACUGAUUUUGUUUUGUAUUUGCUACUCUUAUCACUACAUGGUAACUAUUUGACAUGAUGCUUGAAGAUAUGAUGAUAUCAUGAAUUUACAUGUGAGCAAAGUUUGGUCUUUUGGUAUUCACAUCCUUUCUUCACUUCUACCAAACCAUGUUGGUUACAAUCUCCAAUUCAUAUUUUAAGUUUCAUUUUUAGACUAAGGGCAAUGAUAACCCAAAAUAUAAGCUGUCAACUUCAAA